CCAAUGAAACACUGCAAACAUAUAAACCUGACCAGGGGUUUACACUUUGUACUUUUUGUUGGAGUUUUAGUGAUGUAAUUUUCCAAAAAUAUGUCGAUUCUUCGCGAACAUUCCAUUUGGAAGGUAUAAAAGGCAGUGAUUCAUCCGACUUUCCACUCACUUCGAAAUAAGCGCUCAUUCGAAUAGAAAUAUAACACUAUCAUAAGUUUUUGUAUUGUGAUAUAAAACGAACAGUACUAUCUACAAAGUGAAUAUACGUUUGGAUUAAGGUUGGAUAGACAAGUAAAACACGAGAAACAAACAUGGGUCGAGACAACUUGUCCAUUGUGAGUUUAAACUCAGCACGACGUGGAUUUGAAUCUCUCAAUGGAAGACAGAGGACGCCUUAUCUCGAACGAAUUCUUCAGAGCUCCACCCCAGACAUUUGCUUCCUUCCAGGCGACGACAAAGCUAUCGGUCUUCAUGCAGUUGUCGGUUACCAACAGUUCCUGGUGCCAUCAGCUGACGGCACUGUACUACUAUACAACCACAAGCGCAUGUCAAUGAGACAACCCGAGGUGAACGUGAACGCGAUUGGGCCGCUGCCAGGGCUAGACCUCUGCCAGAUGGUCUGCCCAGGCGUUGAGGUGUACGCCCCCGAAGAUAAUCGUGUGGUGCGGGAGUUCUCAAUGAUUUCAUGGAAGUAUACACUUUUUACGGACUGUAAACUGCCCGAAAAGACCACACUGGCAGAAAGCAUAAUAAUAUUUGCCCAGAGACUUGCAUGGAUGUCACAGAAGCCGUUGCUGAUUGGAGGUGAGAUGCCUAUCGACCAUGGGACAUUGCAAAAUAUCGUCAGAAAGAUUUGUAAUGAUAAUCAGGAGCUGUUUCUCGCGGACAUUAGUCCCGAAAUGAAAGAGAUCGGCUACUUACCAAGUAACAUAAAGUCCUCACUACGUAAUCUCCGUCAUCUGUUUAUGAUGAAUGUUUUCCGCUGCAAUACCAGUUUCACUAAACCGCAAAAGAUUGUCCAGACGUGGAACGCUGGACCUCCAAACGCCGACUGCUUUAUCGCAUCUAAGGCGCUUGACUUGACUGAAGCACAGUUGCUUGAUGUUGAUGAUGUAAUUGGGAGAAAGAUAAAAAUUGCCAACACAGAAUGUCAGUCAAAGACAGAGACCGACGUGAAACAACCAACUCAUCGGCCAAGUUGCACAACAGCACAACACGAGUACCGUCCUACAUCAACAACCAUGACGGUUCCAGCCCGCCCACCAAAGCAUAGCGGCGGUUAAUGGUGAAGAAGCUGUCGAGUGGUCGAGUUCAACAUGUCUCAGUUUGGAAAGACAUAUCAUUAGUAAUAUCAUUACAGGUAUGUGGGUAUUGAAUAAUACCAAUUUAAAUGGUCAGCUGAUUGGGUCGGAGUUUGAUAGCAACAUCGAAUGCUGUUGUGAAUUGUGCCAUACAUAUAUAAAAUGUAGAUUUUUUUAUUUCAAUAAAAAAUGUUUUGGCUAACAAUAACAACGUCUUUUUAUUAUUUGAACAUUUGUAUCAUUUAAAACUAAAACGAUUUUUAUUGCAAUUGAUAUACAUCAAGUGAUAAAUAUUUACCUAAAUGUUGCUUUAAAAAACGCAAGAGUUUGAAUAAUGCGACUGCGAGUUAGUGUUAAAUUCACUGAUGUUAUCUGCAAAACGCUAUUAGUUCGUGUAUUUUGUAAAAUAAUAAAGCUUUUUGGUAUUAUUCCAUUUGGAAACCGAGAGCAUUAACAAGGCUCGCAAUAGUUAGAUCGGUAGAAUGAGUAAUGAAGGCGUGUGCGAGAAAUCAUUUACAUUUUUGUAAACGAAUAGAAUGUCAUUUAUAUUAUUACAUGAAUGAUCGGUAUUGUCAAUACCAGUUUGUACUUGUAUGAAGCUUGAUAUUAGUGGAGCGAUUAAAUAAUGUUGAGCUGAUUUAUAUAUGAUUGUUAAAUUUGAAAUACAAAAUAAAAUUGGAAAACAUAAUGAACAUUUAUCCACAUUAACGUUUCUUGAAAAGUGUUAGGGUUUUAAUAAUACGACUGCACAUACGUGUUUCAUUCAUUUAGUUGUAGUCAUCUGUAUAACGGUAUUAUGUUGUGGACGUUGACAAUAUUGUAAAGCUUUUAGGUACUGUUCUACCGAGAAACCGAGAGCAGCAUUAACCAGGCUUGCGAAACUUUCAACGGUACUCGUAAUAUUGCUAUUGACAAUGAGCUGAUACAAUAGUUAGGAAAUCAGGCAUUCAUGCAUAAAAUAUUUGUUCAUAGCGAAUGAGUUAUGAAGGCUUGUACGAUAAAUCAUUUACAUUUUUUGUAAAUGAAUGGGCUAAGCAUGACAUGUACGUCGGGUAGUAGUUUGUUUAUUUAUUUAUUUAUUUUCAUUAGCUAUCAAAUUACAUGGAUAAGAGAUACCGUCAAUGCCAGGUCGUACUCUUAUGAACUUGAUAAACCAGAUAACAGUAUUACUAUAUAUAAUGAUAAGAUUGUUGUUUAUUUAUGUAUUAUUGUUAUAUGGUAAAUUAAACUAUAUGAUAAGAGAACAUUGUUUUGCUUAUGUAUAAAUGUAAAUUCCUAUACAUUUUUAUUUAUGUAUGAUUGUUAUAUUGUAAAUAAACCUAUAUGAUUAGACAA